AUGCAGAAGGAGUAUGGUGCGUUUGCAGACAAUUUCGUGACUGUCUUCGCUCCCGAAAUCCUUAAGGUGUACCUCCACCAAGUUGAGCUUUAUGUCUCAGGACGUAUCAAGCCGAAGUCGACAUGUAUACUUUUGAAGCCCCACGUCGACAGCCUCGUGGCUAAAUUGACCACGCAUUCCAUGUCUCUCAGCUGGCGACCAUCGAUCAUCCUCGAUCGGACAAGUUCAUUGCUCGAAACCUUUGCAACUGAGCUCAGGGAUGCAAACUUUGAUCCCGAAUCAUCAUACAGGUAUCCUACAAUGACACGUUUCUUCAUGAUGCGUUUCUUCGCCCACCUCUGCCUUUAUUUGCAGACGAUCGACAUUCCAGUCCCGCCGCUCGCGACCCAAGUCAUUCUUGAGGCUUACCUACAAGUGUUGGAGGCUGCAGGCCAACGAGAGUUGAUUGCAAUGUAUGCUGUCCCGCUAGGAGACAACGCAGUCGAGCGAUAUGCGAUGUUCUUGACUUUGCUCGAACUUACAGCGGACGUCAACGAUCGUCGAUUAGCAUUGACUCGUGCGCGAGAGCAUGGUCUAGACGUUCACAAGGAGGCGGUCGUCGCUGCCAAACAAACAAUUGAUAGAGCAUUUGAGUCUUUUGUUAUUCCGUUGCAGGCCACUCCAUCAGAUAUCGAGCUCCUGCUACUUCGUUCCAUAGAGUGGACAACGUUCGAGGAUGGAAUGCAUGAUACUGCGCUGGAACAGGUGACCGUCAUUUUGCGGUACUUCCUAGGUGCUGGGAGUGUUUUGCUUGCAAAGAACCUUGUGGAGAUGCUUCCACAACGAUGUCUGUAUGUCUCACUUGCAAGCCGCUGGCCACUUGUCGCACGUUUCGCUCUUGUCGUCGUCCCUAUUCUCAUUCGCAAUUCACAUUCAAGCCGCUCUCCGAUCAUCGCAUGUUUCCUUGUUGUCGCUCCUGCAGCUGAGAGCGCUGGUCCGAGCGAGGAGAGUCAUGUCCCUACUGUAGAUCGCGUUGAUCGCGUGUUUAGUGGAGUCGAUGUCCCCCCUCCCCCUCCGUCCUCUUCGUCCUCAGAAGAUGGUGUUUCUGAUCGUGAGGAGGAAUUGGAGGCGGUAGACUUUGCUGAUAUGGGAAAGAUGUUUCCUAACCUUGGUACUGCUAAGGCUUCGACCAAGGCUCGACAAGAGAAAACAUUCUGCUGGGACUCCUUCAUCCCAUCCAGUUCCACAGCACGCAGAUAUAACGAAAAACCUGUCCUCGUAUCCACCGAUGCAGUCAUCAGCGAAACGACCGCAAUUACUGUACACAGCAGCACUGCGCUAGAACACUCGACAGCUGCCCUAGUGAUAACUCAAGAUGAUGAUAUAGAAAUACUCAUCGAUAAACCAGACCCCAUCCCAUCCUCCACAACACCAAUCUCAAACGAAACCACCGCUUCUCCAGCAUGUCUCCCAGAAGGCGACACCCCUACAUUCUCAUUCUUCGUGGAUACAGAACCUACCAAACCAUUUGCGCAUCGCUCUGCUAGUGAUGUCGUGCUUUUCGACCGUACCGCCGCCUGGGGCGGCGCUCCUUUUGGAGCAGAGGACGAGCUUAUCGUAUAUGUUGCACCGCACCCACGAUCAGGACGAGCUUCGCUUGUUCCUCCUAUUCCCCGAGUACGGCUACCCACAAAGUACAUGCUGACAGGAACCAACAAUCCGAUGCACAUCCACCCAGUGCCCGUGGCGCAUGAAAGUAUAGUUGAUAAUCAGAGAAUACCCGCUGCGAGCGAGGCUCCACAGUUCUCCUCUGUUUCGUUCGAUUUCGGUACCCCGACCGCGAAGAAACAGUCUCAUCAGAUACCUGUCUUCACUCCUGGCGAUCACUCAAAAGCGAGGGCGCAAGCUAGGAGACAAGACGCUCGAGUAGCGCGUAACCGUGCCCAGCGUCAUGCGAUGUUUGGAUCUUUCGGCGCGAUACUUUCUGAAGCGAGAUUGAGGGAUGCUGAUGAACGGGAACGGAAGGAUAUCAGGUGGGAGACUAGGCGGAGGGGUGAUGAUGAUAUUGAUUGGGGUGAUGAUGAUAUUGAUUGGGGUGAUGAUGACGAAGAUGGAGAUGGAAGUGGAGAUGGAAGUGGUGUUCCGGAAAACGAUGGUGUUGAUGAAGUGUCUAAUGGAUUGGGAGGGAUGGAUCUGGACCCGGAUCUUGAGCCCAGUUUGGAGGCUAUGAAAGGCUUCGUUCACAGUAUGAGUGCGGAGGGAUCGCGGUAUCGCACGAUGGAUGAUAUCGAGGACGAGCAGCGGAUGAGGAUCGAGGACGAGGAAGAAGACGAUGGAAGCGACUCCCAUGGCUCCUAUAGCGAUACGAGCGAUGAAGAAGACAAGGAAGAAAAAGCAGUGUUUGAAGUGGAGGAAGAUAUGCUUGUUGCAGAAUCGGAGGGUGGAAAACCUCAUGAACCUUUACCCUCGGGUGAUUCUGACGAAGGGGAGGAUUCAUCAGAUGACGAUGAGCUCAGCCCGGGAGGUAACUUCAAGGCUAGGCUCCAUCGACUCCGCGAGAAAUCGCGCUCGACGAAGCCAGCGACAGCUGCACCUGCGGGUGAUUCAGAAGGGGAUGAGGAGGAUGAUGCUUCUUUCCCGCGUUGGAAUCGAGGUGAUUCCGACAAUGACUACAUCGCAGGAAUAGAGGAAAUGCUCGAAAUGCACAGCGGUAUAGUUGGCAGUAAAGACCGCAAAAUGCGCAAGAAACUGUUCCGUGCAAUCCUCAAUGCCAGCCAGCGGGUGCUCUUGUCAUAUCGUGUCUAUCAGUCAUCUAAUCUGUUUUCAGAGCGCAAGAAAGAGAAUAUGAAAGAGCUACCUGCCGAUCUCCAAGAGAUAUGGAAGAAAGAUCGAGCCAAGAAAGCUGAACUCACACGAGCUCGCGAACAGGCUCGUCUUACCGACGCCGUAGAUCCCAUUUCCCCGAAGAAAGGUGGGAAGAAGGGGCGCAAGGCGAUGCGGGCAGCUGCAAAGAUGGAUCCGAGCGAGCUUGCUGAAAUUCAGAAUGCCAUCAUCGAUAUGGUGUCACUGGAGAAGCAGAUUCGCCGCUUCAUCAGUGAUGAGGGCGGAAAGAACAACAUGGUACUUCCUCCGAUGAACAAGGCGUCGAGGAAGGAAGUUCACGAGCUUGCUAACUCGUUUAACCUCAAGAGUCAGAGUAAAGGCAAGGAAGAUUGGAGAUAUAUCACUCUCAUCAAGUCCACGAAGACCCGUGCUGUUGAUGAACAUAAAGUCAAGAAUGUCAUGAAGAGACACGGAGGCAGAUUUGAUAAUGAUAAGAUGCCUCGACACAAAGAUGGAGAUGAAGUUGGCAAGGCUGCUCCAAAGAUCGGGGAAACGAAUGUUGGGUUCAAGGAUGCUUGCUUCGAUGGGGUGGGCAGAAAGAGACAGAAUUGGUGGCAAUGCGUCCAAUGGGAUUGA